AUGGUAGCAUAUUAUGACGAAAGACCAAUAAGGGUUCGAUUGGGGGUCGACGUCGAUGAUGAUGAUGAUGAUGGUGGCACUGACGUAUUGGAAACGAUGAUUUCUCUUUCAGAUGAGGAAUUUAACAUGUUUCACAACAUUGAUCGUACAAUAUAUCGUUUACUCGUGAUAGAUCUAUGGCGAGACCCAGUGGAAGCUCUUCAGUUCGUAGCUCUGUGGCUUUGGCUGGAAAGAGUUGGGUUCAAACAUGUCGUGAAAAAGAUCUUGUCUUUGCCUUACACGGUGGUAAAUGAACUCGCCGAUGAGGCUUUCGUGUGUCUUAACAUCAUUCACAAUGACCAGGCAUCGACAUCGUGUUUAUCCAGCGAUGUCACUUCGAUGCAAAACUUGAUCCACGAUGAUCUUUGUCUCCAGUUCUUCGCCAGGCAUCGACUGAUCGCGAUGCGAGGCUUGGCGAAGAUCGUCAACGAGGUGUGCAUGAGGGUGUUGAGGGACAUCAUGCAAGCCGCCAUGGAACGAAAUGCCACACGAAGCUUAGCAAAUCAUGCCCAAAUAAAACAACAACAAGUGCAACAACCUACGGUUCAACCAGGUUUGGAUCAGGGGGUAGGAUAUGGUCCGGUCAGGGUGGGACUUCCGUGGAGCCAAAUCAGCGACGUAGUCCCACCAGAUGACCGGACCAUAUUCGUCACUUUCUCAAAGGGGUAUCCGGUUCAUGAAUGGGAAGUUAGAGAAUUUUUCACCAGGUUCUAUGGGAAUUGCAUCGAAUCGUUACAUAUGCAAGAAGUGAUGCCUACUGAACAGUCCUUGUUUGCACGUAUCGUUUGCCGCUCGACAUCUGCCAUUGAAAUGAUCCUUAAUGGUAGUGACAAAGCUAAGUUUAACAUCAAUGGAAAACAUGUUUGGGCUCGAAAAUUUGUGCCCAAAUAUCUUCAUCAGUUAUCUUAA